AUGAAACUCUAUCUUAAUGAGACGCCGAGAUCCUUUCUUCUUGUCAGUAACGGCUAUGCAUUAAUCAUUAGACACCCUUCUCCCACUUAUAAACACCACCAUCAUUAUCUUCAUCAUCGAAAUGGGAAUUCGAAUAAAGAUUCAGCCUCUUCCAAUAAAGUAAUUGUGGAAUUUGUUCGACUGGAGCUUUUAAAUCUUUCUUCUUAUAAAGACAUCACUCCUCGUAAAUCUCGCUCGAAUAAACAAUUAUUGGGUUUUAUUGGAUUUCUUAACGUUAAAAGUAAUAUCUAUUUGGGGUUCAUCACUAGUAGUACAACUGCAGCUUCUCCAACCAUUGAUCAUAAAAUCAAUCAAAUUACGGGGGUGGAUUUCUAUUGUCUUAAUAAUGAUGAAUUUGAUCAUUUGAUUAACGAUAAUCAACUUCAAUUACAUCAACAAUCUCAACAACCCCAACAACAACUGAAUAACGUUGAAGAAAGAAUUACUUCAGAAUAUCCUGCAGCUUCAGUAAGGAAAUUCUUAUCUCUGGGUUGCUUCUAUUACUCAACUGAAUUUGAUAUAACGUCUAAUGUUCAAGAACGUGGGUUUUUACAUGAUUCUUUAAAAUUUAAAUUAAUAGCAGAUUCUUCUUAUUUCACCAGAUUUACUUGGAAUUCUUUUAUGAUUUCCGAACUAAUGGAAUUCAGAAAUAGGUUAUCAAUUUUUGAACAAAAUGUCUUUGAUAAUACCGGGUUUUUAACUGUCAUCACUAGAGGUUAUGCUCAAACGGUCAAUACUAAAGUUAAAGGUGACGAAGACGCUCUAUUGACGCUUAUUUCUAAACAAUCUUGUAUUAAAAAUGGUCCUUUAUUCGGUGAUUGGGGGUGUGAUGAUAAUGGUGCUGUUUCUAACUACGUUGAAACUGAAGUUAUCAUAUAUACAGAAAAAUUUGUUUUUGCAUACGUUAUAGUAAGAGGUAAUGUACCUAUUUAUUGGGAAUUGGAUAAUUCCCAGAAAAAAUUAUUAUCGAAGAAUAAAAAGAUUACUUACCCAAGAUCGUUUGAAGCUUCUCAACAUGCAUUCACUCGUCAUUUCGAUCGUUUAGUGAAUCAAUUUAGUGAAGUUCAUGUUAUAAAUGCUUUAUCAGAAAAUUUUAAAAGCUAUAAAGGUCAACUUAAUGAUUCUUAUAGACAACAUAUCAAGCAUUUUAACGAGCAUACUGACGAAAGAGUCACUGGUACCAGUUAUACAAUAAAUUGUACAAAUUUACCAAUAUCAACUUCAUUAAUGAAAAAAGUUGGUUAUAAUUCCUCAAAUCCUUAUGAAAUCGUUCCUGUUUUGGUCGAUCCAAUUAUUAAUUUUGGUGCUUUAUUUUACGAUAUCAAUAAAAAACAUUAUACCGGUAAACAAUUAGGAGUAUUCAGAGUUAACUCCUUUGACGGCUUAAAUAAAGCUAAUUUCAUAUCUAAAAUUAUAAGUCAAGAAGUUAUUGAAUUAGCUUUUAGAGAUAUUGGCAUUCAAGUCGACCCCGACUUAUAUAUUAAACACGCUAAACUUUGGCAAGAAAAUGAAGAACAUAUUAAUAAAAUUACCCUAAAUUUCUUAACUUACUCUUCAAAAUUACAAGCUUCAAGUGCUGCAUCAACAAAGAAUUCAGUUAAAUCUCAUUUCACCAAAAAAUACUUGAGUGGGGUGGUCGAUCCUAAAGCUAAUGAAACCGCCAUGUUGAAAUUACUAGGUAGAUUGCAAGAUCAAGUAAGUGUUACUUUACAUAACCCAAUCCAUGAUUAUGUCAUUAAAGAGUUAAACAAACGUUCUAAAGAAUAUAGCUCCUUUAAAAAUAUAAAAUUAUUUGCAAGCACUUUUAAUGUUAAUGGAACUUGCCAUGAAGAAGAUGUUAAGGAAUGGUUAUUUCCUUCAAAGCAUAAUAUUCAAACUAGUUACGAUAUUGUCUUUAUUGGAUUUCAAGAAAUUGUGGAACUAACUGCUGGUCAAAUGGUCAAUACUGACACAGUAAAUCGACUUUUUUGGGAGAAGAAAAUCAAGCUGACUCUUGAUCAAUAUAAUCCAGAAAAAUUCAAAUAUGUAAGUUUAUGGACAGGUCAAAUUGGAGGUAUAGCUUUACUUUUAUUCAUUAAGGAAAAAGAGCUUAAAAAUAUUAGUAAUGUUGAAGGGAAUUACAAAAAAACCGGUCUUGGAGGUUAUAGUGCCAAUAAAGGUGGUGUUGCAGUUAGCUUUAGUUAUGCAAACACUGACAUAUGUUUAGUUUCUUCACAUUUAGCUGCUGGUUUAAGUAAUGUUGAAGAACGUCAUCAAAACUAUAAAACUUUAGUGAAAGGUAUAAAAUUUUCGAAAAACAGAAAUAUAAAAGAUCAUGAUGCAGUUAUAUGGUUAGGAGAUUUCAAUUUUAGAAUUGGUUUACCAAAUGAACAAGUUAAACCAUUAAUUGAUUUAAAAAAUUUCAAUAAAUUAUUCGAAUAUGAUCAAUUAAAUAAACAAAUGGCAAAUGGUGAAACCUUCCCAUUUUUUGAUGAAAUGGAGAUUAAAUUUCCUCCUACUUAUAAGUAUGAUAAUGGUACCAAAGUUUAUGAUACAUCCGAAAAACAACGUAUUCCAGCGUGGACUGAUCGUAUAUUAAACAUGUCAAGAAAAAAAAUCAUUAAACAAGAAGUAUAUGACUGCUGUGAAGAUAUUAUUUUUAGUGAUCAUCGUCCGGUGAUUGCAAUAUAUCAAUUAUCAGUUAACGUAAUCAACGAAAAUAUCAGGAAGAAUCUUGCUUUAGAUCUUUAUGAGAACUAUCGUAAAUCGAUGGGUGAUAUCAACGAUUUAUUUCUUACGAACAACGAUGUUUCAUUUUUAAUUAAUGAUAUUGAUGAUCAAGCAUUACCCCCACCAAGUUCUGAUGUUCAUAAAUGGUGGUUAGAGGGCGGGAAACCCGCCAAAAUUCAAAUUGGUGCAUUGAGUAAUAAAGAAGAAGGUGAUUUAGAAAAAAUCAUCAACCCAAGACUACCAAAUAACCCUUUCGAAACCACUGAAGAACCUGAAUUUAUUACCAGAGGCCAAUUGAUGAAUUUAUUAAAUAACUAG